AUGUCAAGUGAUUUUGAUAUUGAAGACGAGAUCCAGGAUUUUUCUCUUUUAUCUGAUUAUAAGAGAAAUAUCUCUAAUACAGUUUUUUUAAAACGUGGCGAAAAAGAUUUUGAACCAGAUGGCACGUUUAAACAGCAGGAAGUAUUAAGAAAUAGAAUAAAUUCUAUGUUUAAUGUUAUUUCUGGAGAACGCUGUAUUUCGAAGAAAAUAUAUUCAAAGGCAAUUUGGGUAUCGGAUUUAAAACUUGCAAGAGUCGAGAGAAUGCGUGGUACGCAAUUCAAAUCUCUUGGGAAGUGUGUUAAUGAUGUUGUGUGGUUGUUGCCUGAAGAAGUUAUUUAUUUGGUUGAAAGAGGUUCUUUAGAAUGUUGGUGGGAAAAUGGAAUCCCAAUGAGUCUUCAAGCCGUUUAUUCUGCUUGUCUAGAAGAAUCUGGGGGGAUUGAACGAUACCAAGUUUAUUCAUAUUUAAAACGUUUAGGUUAUUAUGUUUUUAGACCAGUAAAAUGCGAAAAUGGGGUUUCAAGGUUUUCUUUUCUAGUAUCAUAUGGCUCUGAAAAAAUUUCGCCUUUUUUUUUAUGGAUGAAAGCGCUCAUAAGAUUUGUUUAUAGUAUUUUUGAAAAAUAUACCGCAAAUAAUUGGAAUACAUUAGUUGGUGGAAGAUGUUAUCACUCAUAUAAUCAAAUUUACAAAUCUCUCGAGAUUAUUCCUUAUCAUUGUCCUCCUAGUUCUGAAGAAAAUUAUAUUUACGAUGAAAAUAAAGCAAAAGAUCCUUUUAGCAUAGCUUAUUAUGUUUGGAAACCAAUUCCAAAUUUUAGAAAAUCCAAACUCGAAAAUCCUGAUUUUCGUAUUAUUGUUGUAAACUCUAGGACAACAUCAUUGCCAUCAUUAAAGGAAUUUUCGGAUAUUUUUGAUUCAGUCCCAUUAAUAAAUUAUGAAAAAAAUACAACUGCUUUUCAAAGGUUAAAAAAUGGAGCUCGACAUAUUAUAUUUGCAUUGAUUGACUCAGGGGCUAUAAGUUUUAUUAAGUUUAUGGAUAUUGGAUUUGGGAAUGAGAAAAUGUAUAUAAAAGAUGAUACUCAUAAAAAAAUAAAGUUAUAA